AUAUUUAAAAGUAAUAAGGUUAAGGGCUCCUUCUUUCUAAUUACCUUACUAGAUACUAUAAAUUAUAUUAUUAAUAAUCUCUUAACUAGAAAUAUUACCUUAUUUACUAAGAUUAAACUUAAAAUACUUAAUCUAGCUAAAAAGUAUAGUAUUAAUAUUACUAACUCCUUAGCCUACUCUAUUAAUACUACCUUACGUAAUUAA